AUGGCGGCCUCCAGUACUAUGAAAACGAAACACCUGUCAAAAUUUACUGUUGACUUCUUAAAUGAACACUUUUCUGAUGAUGUCAAGUCACUUUCUAAUGUUAAAGACAUAUUCAACAAAAUGCAGGAUUCGAAAGACAGUUUGGAAAGUCAGUUAUCUUUAGCAAGUAGUGAAAUACCAAGUGAGGUAGACUUAGCAGUGAGCAAUGUGGAGACUGCCCAGAUAGCCAUCCGGCGACUCCAGGGGGAGAAGGAGAGUCUACACCAUGCGGUCAAGGACCAAAGUCAUGACCUCCAGCCAAUGGUUGGUGAUGUCACAACACUGGUAGAACAGGUCCAGCACCUUCAGAAAUACAUCAAAUACCUGUCCUUCAUCACCAAAGUUGAACACCUCAGUUCUGACAUACAAACCAGUAUCCUAACAGAUGGUUUUGAGACAUCUGUAGAAAGUUUUCAUGAUCUGAAAAGAGUUUAUACAGAUCUUCAGGAGAGUGACUGUAAACACCUUCUCAAGUUUACAAGUGAUACUAUCAACUUCUGGCACAAGAUCCUGAAGAACAAACUAGCAAGUCAAUUUGAGGAUGUGUUGAAGAGCCUAGGUUGGCCAUUCGUGGGUACCUCCCUGAAGACUCCACCCUCUCAGAGUCCCGAGUUACGUGCUCACAUGGAAGCCUUGUUUUCACAACUUCUUUUCAUACAGCUACCCGAUGGACUGAGAGUCACAGCACAGCAGUCAGAAGAAGGGCUGGACACCAAGCCCCUUCUUCUGCCCCUUCAACUCAUGGUCAAAUCUUUCCGCAAGCGUUUCAGGUUCCAUUUCUAUGGAAACCGACAGACAAACAGCAUUGAUAAGCCUGAAUGGUAUUUUGCACAAGUGUUGGGCUGGAUCCGUGACCACACCCACUUCCUGGACCAGAGAGUACAGCCAAUUCUGGCUAAAACAGGACAUGAGACUGUUAGUGCAAAGGUGGAAUUCAUGAGAGGGAUGGUUUUCUUGGUAACGGAGAAGAUGACCAAUGACCUACCAGAGACCAUGUAUGAUGAACACAUCUUCUCUCACCUGGUAGAUGAGGCCAUUUUGUUUGACAGAGAACUAAAAGAUGGUUACAGCUAUCCUCCUGGUCUGCCAUGUUGCCUCAGUGUUCUUACCCUCCCAAGAGCCUUCCAUAAAUGGAUGAUGGUGGAAAAACAGUUUGCUGGAGCUAAAAUGGACAUAAUGCUUUCCUCACCCUCUGCCUGGCAGUCCCAGUACAAGGAUAUAGCCGAUGUAGACGAAUUGAAGGUUCCAGAAUGUGGGGAGAGUUUCAUCACGCUUAUGUUGACCAUUACAGAUCGCUACAAAGGUUUGCCCUCUGUCAUCCACAAAGUACGCUUCCUGAAGUUACAGCUCCACCUUCUGGAAGACUUUAGAAUCCGUCUAGUACAGGUGAUGCAGGGUGUCAUCCAUGAUCCUCUGUCUGAUAUCUUCUGUGCCAUCAUCAAUGCUGUCUACUAUGUCACAGAGGUGCUCCAGGAGUGGUGUAAUCUACCGUUUUUCCUACAACUGCAGUACCAGCAUCUGACAUUAGAGGAGCCUGAUUACACAUCAGCGCAACCACUUUCCUCAUCAUCCAGUCCAACCACAGUCUCAAGUCCGGUCGCAGUGUCCAGUCCGACGUCUGCAUCAAGUCCGUCCAUUUUGACCACAGCAUCCAGCCCUUUGUCUGACCUUAGUCUGUAUGAAGGUUUGGAGAGUGUGGCUGAAGAGUUGGAAACUAGCAUGUUUGAGGAGGCUAUAGACACAUAUAACCAACUGAAGACAGAGAUGUUGAAGAACAUUGUCAAGUGCAUAGAAUUGGAUGUACAGUCACGAAGUCAGGCAUAUAGGAAAGACAAAUGGCUUUUGCUCCCAAGUCACAAGGAAACCACGGGCCAUACACUGUCAUCUUCGGCCUGUGAGAUGUUGCUGGUCCUUAAAGAUCACCUGACUCACAUACAGACUCAACUCAGUAAACCACUCUUUACAUUGGCCUGGCAACGCUUGGCAGAGAAACUGGACAAGUUUAUUUUAGAAGAGAUUAUACUUCAGAACAGAUUUAAUGAUGGAGGAGCCUUGCAACUGGAGUUUGAUAUGACCAGGAACUUAUUUCCUCUGUUUGGAGAGUUUACGAAUAAACCAGAGAAUUACUUCAGACAAGUCAACGAAGCCAUAAAACUUCUUACUAUGGAGACUGGAACAUCAUUACUAAUGAAAGAAUUGAUGACACAUGAGAGUAGUCCCACUCCAGGGAAGGACUCAAGUGUCUUUAACGCGUUACAUGAACUCGGAAUAUUUAAGUUGACAACACAGACAUGUAGGGUGUUGUUGGAUAUCAAAGUCAAUACAUGAUUAUAUAGAAAUCUGUAGUUUUACUCAACACAGACCUGGUGUUCAUCUCCCAUUUCUUCACAAUUCUCAGUGCUUCAAAAUUAAGAAAGAAUUACGGUUUGAAGGGAGUUAUGUACUGGAAACUAACCGUGUGGAAAUUAAGAUUAUUGAUCUGCUCGAAACCAAUUAUAUUAUUAUCUCAGCUUCUGAUACUGUGGUUUACCUGUCCAAUUGUAAGGAGACAGGGAUUAAUACAGUUUUACAACAAGUUAAUAUUUCAUAUCUUAGAGAUUCUGAGUACUAGCAUGAAACUUUAUGGAAUAUAUUUCCUUUACCUACUGAUGGUAAUAGACAUUUCACUCUACAUGUCCCUUGUGGUCUCAAUUUAAUGCAGGUAUGGCGUACAUGUAUUUGUAUAUGUCAAAAUCGGAAGCAUGCUGAAUAUUAAUUUUACAUAUUUUACAACUACCAUAAAACAAGUUGUUGUAUCAGCUUAAUCUCUCUUGUUGUGUGGAAGAAAACUGAAUUGCCAGAUAAACCGUGUAGUCUGGCAGAUGACCAAAUACAACCCCCUUCCCUUGAAAUUAAAUCUUUGUUGGCCUGUUGAGAGAUGAGUCUGCUAUCCACCAUCGGACAACUGCAGAGUAGACUACAGAUAUUACAAAGAAUACCAAAUUGAGAAUGUUGAGAUGUUGAGAAAAGUAUGAAAGAAUGACUUUAUGUACAUUUGUAUAUUAUAUUAUUGAUACCCGGGAGUUGAAUUUAAUUAGAAACGAUUGUUCUAAAAUAAAACAAUAAGUAGGGGACACUAUUGUAAGAGGGGACAUCUUUUACUGUGGUACAAUAAAGUUUAUUAUGAAUGAGAAAGAUGAAGUAACUUAAUGUAAAAUAUGUGUUCUUUUCUAUUUCUUAAUGGCUGUGAUUUAUAACAAUGUAUUAUGGAAUUGUAUGUUUUACAAAAUUUUGGUGCAAAACAAAAGCAAAAUUAUAUGUAAACAAUGUGGACUUAACCUGAAAUAUCAAAACUCUAAGAAUGAUGAACAUAUACAUUAAAUGUUCCACUUUGAUAUUUCAGGUAUUCUUCAUUUGAUAAAGUACUGUUCAGUACUGUUUUUCAGACUUAAAAUGUAGGUUCCACUUGUUCUCGUUAUCAGAUUAUCAAAAGGGAAAGAAGGGAAAAGUAGAGAGAUCAGUCUGACAUAGAACCAAUUAAGAUCAUUCAAUGGUGGGCGCCAAGAUUGGGGAUCUCUUGUUUAGAGCCCAAAAUGCCACAAGUGUACUGUAGUUGGAUUAUCUCCCUUUCAAGUUUUACAAAGAAUUUUCAUUUCAGAAAUGUCUUGUGUAAUUGGUGUAGGGAGUUAAAAGGUGCUUUUGAUAUGUGAUAUUUAAUACAUAGUUUCGUUUUAAUAUUAUCUAAUGUGAAGUUGAAUGUGUCAUGAAUGAUAUAAAUAAAUGAAUUUUAUUUGUGAUAAU